AUGGCGGACGGUGGAGAGGACGAUGAAGUUCCUGGGCGUGUCAAGGACACUUUGUAUAAACGCCGUGUCAAAGAAAUUAUGUGUCAACCAUGUUUAAGUAAAGAUAAGAAAAUUGUGGCUGACAAAUUUUGUUCAACGUGUAAUGAAUUCCAGUGUAUUGAUUGUUCAAAUGUACAUAACGUGCUUGCCAUCUUUACAAGUCAUAAACUGCUAAAUGCAAAAGUAGCUCAUCUAAUCAGAUGUGAUCAACACACAAAGGUUUUAGAUUUUUUCUGUGAAGAUGAGAACAAGCUUUGUUGCAGAACUUGCGACAUUGUUGAUCAUCGUGCAUGUAAAAGCAUUGCUGAGGUCGGGAAAAUUAUCGGGAAAAUGACGUCAUCAAGUUCUGAUUUAGAUGAUAUAUGGCAGGAAGCCAACGACAAUGCAGAAGAUAUUGCAAGAGACAUUAUCACUUCGAAAGAUCAACUUGUUCAAGACGUUCAAGAAAUACAAGCAAAAAUAAGGGAAAUGCGAGAUGAAGUAAUGGGAAUAUUUGACGAGUUAGAAGUUGCAAUUGUUAAGAGAGCCAAAACUCUUCAAAAAGAAACAUUAGAUAAUCUUGAAAAGAAGCAAUUUCAAAUCGAGAAACAUUUGCAUAAAGUUACAGCGUAUCUAGAAACGGUUCAUAGCAUUUACAAAAAUGGAACUCCAACGCAGAAAUUUAUAGCAGAACAGAGGAUGGAUACUGAAGUCAAUUUUGUAUGCAGAAAUCUCAAUGGGGAAUGUAAGAACUACUGCCAGACGAUGACCAUUUCAUUUGAUUUUGACGAACAAUUAAAUCUGCCACCGCAAUCAAUUACCGACUAUGUUCCGGGACAGCUCACAUUAAAAUACCAUCAACGGGAAAUUGUGAAUGCUGUUAAUAAGGGGAUGACAUUAACUCCAGUUUCUUCAUUUGAGUUAAAGAAGACAGAAGAGAACACCAGGGAACCAUUCAUUACCGGAUUAGACUUUCUACCCGAUGAAAAUAGACAAUUAAUGGUUGGGACAUUUAAUUGCCAAAUACCUGUUGAAAUAGUAACGUUGUCAGGAGAGUCAUACGUUUUUUGUAUCGACUUUCCGAACAAGGCAUGUCCUUUAGGCACAAGCACUUGCACUUACAUACGGAACAGUGAUAAAGUGGUGCUUACAGAUAGAUACGAGAAUACUGUCUACAUAUAUGACGUAAAGGCAAACACGAGAGUAGUUGUGAAGGAUGAUCAGAUAAAAGUACCACUUGGUCUAGCAGUUGGUCCCUCUGAUACUAUCCUG